GAAUGUUAAAGAUGGCGGAUUUCCUACCGUCCCGCUCCCUCCUGGCCGCUUGUUUUCCGAGUUGCGUCCUCACCCAGCGAGAAGCCGAGCAGCUCCGCAAGAGCAAGCAGAUCGACGAGCUCAUCUCCCGGGAUAAGACCUACGUGCGGCGGCUGGUGAAAAUCCUGCUGCUCGGGGCCGGCGAGAGCGGCAAGAGCACUUUCCUCAAGCAGAUGCGAAUUAUCCACGGCCAGGACUUCGACCAGAAGGCCAAGGAGGAGUUCAGGGGAACCAUCUACAGCAACAUCCUGAAGGGGAUCCGAGUGCUGGUGGACGCCAGGGAAAAGCUCCGCAUCCCCUGGGGGGACCCCGGCAACCAACAGAACGGCGAGGUCCUGAUGAGUUUCGACACCAGGGCGUUGACCGGGGCAGCCGUAGGCCUCAUGGAGACGCGGGUUUUCCUCAAGUACUUGCCGGCCAUCCGAUCGCUGUGGGCGGACAAUGGCAUCCAGAACGCGUACGACAGGCGCAGGGAGUUCCAGCUGGGAGAAUCUGUGAAAUAUUUUCUGGACAAUUUGGAAAGAUUAGGGGAUCCGGAAUAUCUUCCAACACAACAGGACAUUCUACUAGCACGAAGACCCACUAAGGGAAUACAUGAAUACGACUUUGAAAUUAAAAAUGUGCCCUUCAAGAUGGUGGACGUGGGUGGACAAAGGUCGGAACGAAGGCGUUGGUUUGAGUGCUUUGAUGGGGUGACUUCCAUUCUGUUCCUGGUGUCAUCAAGCGAGUUUGACCAGGUGCUCAUGGAGGACCGGCAAACGAAUCGCCUGAGUGAGUCCCUAAACAUCUUCGAAACGAUAGUCAACAACAGGGUCUUUAGCAAUGUCUCCAUCAUUCUUUUCCUUAACAAGACGGACUUGUUGGAGGAGAAGGUUAGAACUGUUAGCAUCAAGGACUACUUUUCUCAGUAUGAGGGAAACCCCCAUGAGCUCUCAGAUGUCCAACAGUUCCUGGUGCAGUGCUUUCGUGACAAACGUCGAGACCAGCAGCACAAACCACUCUACCAUCACUUCACCACCGCCAUUAAUACCGAAAACAUUCGCCUGGUCUUCCGUGAUGUCAAGGACACUAUCCUCCAUGAUAACCUUAAGCAGCUGAUGCUCCAGUGACGUCCAUUUAUUUAGUUACUUUUAACGUCUGGCACUGACCAGCUUAUACCAGAGUGAUUAUGGUUACAAAUACUUCAAAAACUUGAGGCAGCUGCUUUAAACUGCUUAACCGAAGAAUGCCAAAUUUAUUUUCCAGACUUUGGCCUUUCAAUUGCUUUUGCUCCAAGUUGGGUUUUGCUGAGGGUAUUCUAAUCCAGAGUACGCUUCAACAACCUGACAUGGUUUACGAUUUUGUUUCUUCGAAAAUGAAGAUAUGUGAAAAAUUCAAAUGCAAAGCUGCAGUGUUCAGUGUGGGGAUUGUGUCUUGUUAAUACCUGUUCUCUCCCUCUUAAUCCCCACCCUCCCCAACAAAAAGGGCUAUUACAAAGCAAAAGUCAUUAUUUAUUCAAAAAAAAUGUUUGACUAUUAUGGAAGCAGGCUAACAACAUUUUGGCCAUAAAGAGUCCCUUUGGGAGUGAAAUUUACUUUUGUCACAUUCAAAUUGUUUUCAAAAUCUUCUCAAAUGUUAAAAAUAUUGCUAUUUGGUUUGCUACUGAUAGGUGCAGUAGUCAAAGAGUGGUACAUAUAUAACCUAGUGAAAUGUGAAGCAGUCACAAUUUGUACAAGUUAGGGUUGUUAAUAUUGGAUUUAGUGUGUGAAACCUCUCCCUAAUGGAAGUUUUACAGAACUAAUACAGUAUUUGCAUAACAUUUACAAUGUUUACAUAGUAUUUUAUCAAAAUUGUACAUAAAUGCCAAAUUUCACAGAAUUGCUUCAUAAUUAUUUGGGAAUCUGUGGCCUAAUGUAAAAGUUACUCUUUUGAUUGAAUAGUGCAGGUACAACAUGCCUUACCGCCUGUCAGAUUCUAACCUAUAGUAGUAAACCAAUAUUCUGACCUAUUAUAUAGUGCUACUAUAAAGUUACUAAAACAUGACUUAUGUUCAUUGGCUCCUUUAUGAAAGCUUCUUACUUCAACUAAAGUUGUAUUAAAGCGUGAUUAAAAGCUGUGUAUGUGGCCUGUGGAUCACACUUUGAUAAAAGCACCAGUAAAUUGAUACAAUUUACAUUGUAAUAUCAAUAUUAUAAUUGAACCCAGGAGCUCUUCAAUGUAAAUUGUAGCUGAGAAAGUUGCCUUGGUACUGAGGGAUUUAAUAUUACUCUAUGGCUGAAAUAACCCUGCUGUUUAUUUAAAAUAGUAAUAACAUGAUUCCUAAAUUUAUAAUGCAAUCUGAUUAAUAUUGCCUUUCUUGAAAGAUGAGGUGUAUUUCGUAUGUUCAUAAAUUAGCUUCCACAUUCUUAAAAAAACUGCAACAUGUCAAAAUACAUUUUUGCAGUGCUGAUCAUGGAUAAGAUACUUGCUUUUUAAACAGUUGUACUUUUAUAAUUGGUUUUAAAUACGUCCUGUUUGAAUUCAGGAUUAGAAUUCACUAGACUAUCUGCAAACCCCUUUUCAAUUGGUCAAUAAUUACUAACAGAAGCCUGACUAAAUCUAGCAUUGUACAAUGUAAGUGCAAAGCAUUCUCUUUUUAACUUUUUUUUACAAGUUAGGAAUUGUAAUAUUGGGUUUAGCAUGUGAAACCUUUAAAUGAUAAUUGUAAAUUACAAAGAACCAGACCUACACCACAAUUGUGGGUUUCUGAAUUGCAGCAUUCAUUCAAACAACUGUUGUGCUGACUUAAUCUAUUUCAGCAGUAAUGCAUUUAUUUAACCGUUACCUCUAUUAAUAUUGGGGCUGUCAGACAGUGGUAAAUUCUAAUCCUGGUGUACCUUCGGUGCCACGCCUUUACACGAUUACCUGUCUUUGUUAAAUAACAGGCUUGCCACAGUUAUAUAGUAAUGUGUUGCUUAAUGACAUCUGUUUGAAUAGUUUUAUAAAUUUACAAAUAUUUUUAAAAUGUUCUUAUGUCAUGUUUAAUGUUGAUUUCUAUCCAAACUUGGUGCAUAAUAUUUGUCACUAUAGCAUAUGCCAAUCCGCGCAGCCAGUUCCACCCAGGUUUUGUCUGUCAGUGGCUUCAGUCAAAGGUUACCAUCCAAUUCAGUGAUGCUAAGCCUCCAGUAAUUUCUAAGACUAGCUGGGACUGAGUUGAAAUGGAAAUUCAGAAUAUAGAAUUAAAAAAGCAAAUUCAAGGAAAUGCUCAGGUCAGACAGCAUCUGUGGAGUUAAUGUUUGAAGCUGAUGGCCUUUCUGGUGAAAGGUCAUCAAUCUGAAACAUUAACUCUGUUACUCUCUCCACAAUUGCUGCCUGACCUGCUAAGUCUUAUCAGAAUUUGUUUUUUAUUUCAGAUUUCCAACAUCAGUAUUUUUGCUUUUGUAUCAGAAUUUGCAGUUAUUUGGAGUCCUCUGUAUGAUGAGAAGCAAAGAGAAAACCUAUGGCUGAUUUGUGUGCACCAGCACCUAAAGGAAUCCUGUAGCUCCUUUUUUUGGAAAAAUAUUUUGCAAUUGUCUGUUAACAAAGUUCAUACAAACUGGAGGCAAAAUUUAUUAUUGGUCUGUUAAACUCUUCCAUUGCUUCCAAGCCUUUAUCAAGACAGAAUUAAUGCAGUAUUUCCAGAAUUUUAUUAAAUGUAUUGGUCAUUGAAAAAAAGCAAUAUAUGUUCAUUAAUGCCCUAAGUGACUGUGUAUACAGUGAAGAAAAAGGUUUGGGAAGAACCACGUCCUGAAGGAAACCUUUGCUGUAUCUCCUACUUUAAAAUACCUUGUUAUGGCAUAGUCUACAGAAGUUAAUAUAAUGUACUGUGAAGUAUUCGGCUGUUGAGACUGGAGUAACUGUACCACAGUCUAUAUGAUUAUCAAACUGCAUUUUACAAUAUCUUGCUAAAUAUACUGUGCCUACUAUGCAGAAAUUUUAUGCUGACAAGAAUGCAGGAGCCUUAAUUUUCCACUAAUUACUACAGAUGCGUGGAAAGGGACUGGAAACUAGGUUCUCAUCUGGUCCGAUCUUGAGACAUCACAAAAUAACCACAUGCUCAAGCUACCUUAAGUUAUCACUUGUGCCAUUAACCAAUUACAGCAAUCCUUAAAUUGAACAAAUAAUGUGUGUUAAAAUACUGAAUUAUCUGUAGCUUUUCUUAAGAAUCUAGAAUUAUGCAUGUUCUAACAUAAUAUACAUUCCAUUUUCUCUCACCUUUUAAGGGCUUGUGUUGGGCCACUGUGUCUCUGAUAUUUACUCCAUGUGGCCACUUUAUGUGAAUCUGAAGAAACAGUAAACACCGUAAGGCCCUGGCAGCUGAGUUGGAUCCUCUUCUCAAUGUCACAUGUACACUUACACCCCUGCUCUAAGUCUACCUUUGGGCACUGAAGGAAUGGGAUCCAACCCAGCUGUAUUUGUAAUGGUGUUUCUCUCCCUUUCAUUACCCUGGGAUGCUGUGUUCAUUUGUAGCACCUUCUGUUGAGAUUAUCUCCUCAGGAGUGCUAACACUGUAGAAAAACAACUUUCCACACUAGUGCUAUCUAUUGUUAAGGCCACAGCAACAAACCAACUUUAUGAAAUUGACUGUUGAAAGCUUUGUUACCUUCGGUAAGCAAGUGUAAUCAUCUAUUCGUUUGUGAGGCAGUGAAGGUAAGGAACUCAAGAAUGUUCUUUUAAUUUUCUACUGAUCUUUACCUGAUGUAAAACAUUUGAACGUGAACUUGUAGUCAUAAGUUUGUGAAAUAUGUUCCUCUGAGCAGAAUCAAUUUUUGUUCAGUGUACAGGAAUUUAUCUUUUGAGUGCCAUUGUGUGGUGCAUUACAUUGCACUGCUGCUUGCAUGCUGUCAUGCUUAGCCAUGUGAAAACUGCAAAAAGGAUUCCUCCAGCACUAUACACAUUAUUUGAUUGACUAUUUGGUUUUAGACAGAAAAGCUGAGUGUCCCUUAAUUUUUGUAAUGUGAUAAAUUGUAAGCAAGUGGUUCUGUUAAAGCUGUUAUGGUAGCCAGUUAGCAGCUGCUUAAUUUGUGAAUCAUGACACUUAAACAUUUUACCCCCUCCUGUUUUCUUUGCAAACAUGUAAGAGCCUCAACUAAUGACUUCUGACAAAGUGCAGAAGUAGAGAGACUUCCUGGUGGACUUUUUGCUGAAUUUUGUGUUUCAUUUCCAAAAAAUGCUGUCAACUUGUUUGUUCUUUAAGUGGUUUUGCCAGAAAUUGAGGAUUAAGUCAGUCAACACUUGCAUUCCAAUUUUCAUCUUCUAUUGUUUUUCACAUAAGUACACUUUUUUAAUGAAGCCACUAGAUUUAGUCCUGCACCUUCACCUCCCAGAGUAGAUGUUAGUCCUAUGUUAUGGUGAAACUGGGUAGCAGAUGUUUCACUUUUUGAAAAUAGGAGUGCCUAGUAUUCUUGAUGUUUCAUUUACUGUUGAUUUAAAACAUAUUAUGGAAGCCUGUUUCUGAUUACAACAUUCCUUUGAGCCCUUCAUUAAUUCAGACAUUUUCUAGUGACUGUCUAAAUUGUUAUUUCUUUCUAUUCGAUUUUCAAGAUCACUUUAGUAGGAUGAGUCAUUAAGCUUCUUGAUCUAAAACGAUUGCACUCCAUUGCUUUAGGUUUCUUGGGUAGCUAAUGAAUAAUGAAUAUCUUGAGUCACUCGGAGUGUAUCCUUUGGUAUAUAUUUGAUCACAAGUUUCUUUUAUCACUUCUAAUUCUGUUUCUGCAAUGACUUUUGGAUGUUUUGCUGUUAAUUCAUCUAUGCCAGGAGCUUUUCCUGUACUCAUCAAUUUCAAAGCAUUUUUUACCUCUACCACAAUGUUUCGUCUUUCAUUUGCCUCUGUAUCUUGAGGAUUCCCUCAAUUUGGACAAUCAUACAGUUCACUUAUAUUCUAUCCAUCUAUUUGUUGCUCCAUCCCUUUUAAACAAUAUUUUACCAUCUUUUAUGCACUCACAAUCUGUUGUUAUCCCUUUCUAUCUGUCAAAGAUUUCACUUUCUGCUGCAUCACACUCAAUCUUGUGAUUUCUUUCCAGCUCCAAUACUUCAUGCAUCUCAUUAUGCUAUUUCUCUUUAGCCUGCCUGCAUGCAUUCUUUAUUUUCUUUUCAAUUUCUUCGUAUUCAGGUGUGUUUUAUUUUCCUUUUCUAGCUCCAAACCUGGUCCAUUUCUAUCUUCAUGCUAGUAUCUAAUCUGUAAUUCACUUGUCUUUUCUGUUUUAGUAAUAUUUCCUUUGCAGCAUGUUGUAUACUCUUUUUUUGUUUUUCCAUUUGCUUUCUAUUUCUUGUUCCGAGACCUCUGUUCCUUUUCUGUUCAAGUACUGAUGAUCAACAAGUGAGCAGCAUUUAUUUAACUGUUUUGCCAUCUCAGUUUUAUCUAGAUUGUAACUAGAUGGCAUCCUACUUUAGCCACUUCCAUGUGGACUUGCUUCACUGUCAUUUUAUACAAAUCAAAAGAAAUUUUGUUUGGGAGUGUUCUCUAUUAUUUGGCUUAUUUGUAUAGGUUCCUGUUGUAUUUGCAUGCAGUGAUUAAUGAAAUGCACUUUUCCAGCAAACUUGAGAAGUUAGAAGGGUUAGAAAAUUAAUUUUCUCAUCUUAAUAUACCAGUACAUUGCAAUAUAUAUAGAAAUAUAUAUAAACCACAACAAUCUUAAAUAUAACAUCUAAUUGUGUUUAUAGUUAUUUUCAGAAAGCUGAUUCUGAUCCUCAGAAAUAAAAACAGAAAAUGCUGGAAAUACUCGGCAGGUUAGGCAGCAUUUGUGGGUCAGUGACGCUAAGUUCCUUGUGCCUGACCUGCCAAGCAUUUCCAGCAUUUUCUGUUUUUAUUUCAGAAUUCUAGUAUCUGCAGUAUUUAUGCUUUUGUCGUCUUUACCAGCACUGAGUUAAACCAACAAGCUCAGUUGCUUGCUGUAUAAUCUAGUGCUUUUACUUUUUUUAUUUAAUUCCAAAUUGAACUUUUAGUUUAUUCUUUUCUAUCUUUAGUGGUGCAAGGCCAAUAUAUUAACUGCAGUAUUGCAAAGUGCCAUUAACAUUUUAAUAAACUAGCAGUAGCAAAUUCACCUGUAUUUGUGUCUCAGUAAUGUUUGGGAAAUUGUGUAUACACAAACCAAUGUCUACAAGUCUGUAAUAAAGCAACUACAGAAACAGGUUCAGUAGACUUCUGUAUAGGUUGAGAACACCAUCUUUAGAAAUGUUGCAUCUGUACUGUACAAGUUGCUUUCAGUGAAAACUUGUUGGAUGAAACAAUGAAAACAUUGUGGAAUCUACAGUCUGUGAGUACUGUAAUAUAGAAAUACAGAAUUAUAUUUGAAACAAUUACUUUGUCAAGGGCUAUAUCGUAGAUUUUACUUCAUCUAUGGAAAUGCUAAUGUCACUCGAGUUUGAACGACCUUGAGAAGAGUAUCAGGUCAUUUGGGUUGCAGGGUGAUUUUACAGACAUUAAAGUAGAAAUCUUGCACCUUGUCAAGGACAACCCAAACAAACGACUUAUGUAAAAAUUUAAUUUCAUAAGUCACAACAGACGAAUGCAAAAUGAUAUCAGUUCCUAAAUCUGCAUGUAGCAUCCUGUUGUGCCUUAAAAGAGCACUCAUGUCUACAAGCUAAACUCUGACUCAAAAAUGCCCCCACCAAAAAAAAAAUGUGCAUGAAGUGCAGCAGAAAUUGAGCUGUGGAAGUAUCUGUUUACCUUGCCUUGAGAUAACGAAUCAGGUUUGGAUGAGUUCAUAAGUUAUGUCCCUCUAGAAUGGAAUUCUGACCUACAAGUGGUGCCAGUUUGAAAAAUCCAAGAUGGCAACACAUGAGAAUGCUUGUAUAUGUUUGUUUGCAGGUUAAUGUAUAAGUUGCAUAUGAAGCUGCUGAAACUUGUGCACGGGCGAUGCUCAGCUUGCUGUUGCUAUGUUUCAUUCAAUGAAAUGGUAGUCUGUUCAUCUGUAGAAUUUUUUUCCUGUGUUUUAGAUUUUCCCUUCUGAAGGUACUGAUUUUUGUUGAGGUACUAUUUCAUGGAUGCCACCAGCCCUCUGGCACCCUGCCUUAAUGAUCACACGUGUGUGAGCAUAAAUAUGUUGAGGACUAUUCUAUAGUGGCAUCCUGGCUAAACCAGAUUGCACACUCUAGUGUUCCUGGAAUGUGGUUCCAGGGUUAUGAUCGCUUGGUUUGUAAAAUUCAUGCAUUCAACUAUUGAAUUGUCAAGGAAAUUUUAAUCUCUUUAAUUGGCAUUCUCAUUUUUUCCUGCACUGAAAUUGGUAAGAAUAAAAAAAACUGCAAAAAAGAAGCAACUUGAUAGCUAAAGGGCCUAUUGUUUAAUCUCUGUCUUUUGUUUCUCUCUUCCCUCCCCACAAUUGUAUCUCCUGUCUAGAUACUGAUAGAUGCUAGGAUGUGUAUUUUUCUAAAUAAAAAACAGAAAUGCUGGAAAUACCUAGUGAUCAGACAGUAUAUGUGGAGAGAGAAACUGUGGAAUAUUUCAAUUUGGUGAUCUUUUGUUAGAAUCUUUCUGGCAAAAUGUCAUCAACCUCAAACAUUAACUCUGUUUCUCUUCUACAAUGGCUGUCUAACUCAGUGUUUCCAGGAUUUUCUGUUCUUUUUUCAGACUUCCAGAAUUGUCGUGUUUUGUUUUGUGUUUUUCUGAAUGCUGGAAACCUCAUUCUUGCUAAGUAACCAUUUUGCAUCUGUUGACUUGAAUAGGCUAGUCAACCAUGACAGCAUCACAGUUAAAACUUAUUCCUGUCAUCACAUGAUGUGCAAUUUCCAGCAAAAGUCACAAGUUAGUCCUCAGUCAUGGAUGCAUAGGCUUUUUUUCUUCCUUUUUUAGUCAAUUAUGAAGCCCCCAGCUGAGAUCAAAUACCUCAGCACAGACUGGGAGUGAAACCUGGGACCUUUAAGCCUCUGAUUUAAUGCUACACCAGAUAGUGCCUUUAUUCAGGACACACAAGGGAGGUUCCUCCAUACUUAAAUGUGUUUUGUAAAUGAGAUGGUAUAGAUAACUAGAAGUAUUCAAUAUAUAUGUUACUCUGUAUGAAAAAGGUUUUAUUUUAAGACAUCUGCUUAGUCCCUUGGUAUUCUGUUAGUAAGUAAACUGGGAUCUGAAUUCUUGGUUGCGUUGGAGGGAAAGAUUGCAUUGUUUUGAUGAGAAACUUCUUACCUUAAAUUGUGCAUUGCUUGUAUAUUGCCAAACUUAAUGGUUUAAAACACUGUAUUGGCCUCUCAUAGUACCAGAAACUACCUGAAUUUUACAUACUUUAACAGCACCCAUUAAAAUAGCUGGAAAAAAUCAUCUAGAUUGACAGGAACAAUAAGAUAAGCAGAGGAAGGUUAAGGACAUUUUUUUGUUUUAGCCCCUAAAAGAGCAUUUAUUUGGCUACAGCCCUUUAUAACUAGGUCUGCAUUCCUAUACCUGGCAAUUUCCCCAGUUAUAAAAGCCCUUAUAAUAAUUUCUGGUGUGUCUAGUAAUUCAUAUCUUCAUCCAUUAAUGUCUUUGAAGCACAAUUGGCGUAGUAUUCAAUUAAAAUUUGGUAUGAAUGAAUUGAGUUGGUUCAAAUAUGAUGUAUAAUGUCUGGGAUAAAGCAAUCACACCAUGUUUUUCAGUUGUGACUCCGACUGGAAGAAUUCAUAGGCUUUCUGUACGUUUUGAUGUGUGCCUACAUGGUCAUACUGCUUUGUGUAUAAAAUUUAUUAGAUUUUAAAUUAAAUUAUUAAAAUUUAUUAAAUUUUAGAAGCAUGCACAUUUUUACAACCGCCUGUACAAUAGACUCCAUUAGUUGAGUUGAAUUCUUAUCUAUCCCUUGAUAAUUUCAGUGGCAUUACUUGAAUUGAAAAUAUUUCGAGCAACAGCAUUGAAUUUGUGGAAAAUCUGCUCUUGGCACAGGGAUUAGUUCAACAAUCAUGGUUAAAAAGCAGCAAAACUAGUUAAACAGUGCUUUAGCUAAAAGUAUCAUUUUAACUGUUCAUUUAAAAGUAUUGUAUAGGAAAAUUGUUGUGGUUUUAUAUAAACGCAUCUUCAUGGAUUUGGGGGAAAUGGACUAAAUCCUUUACAUCAUUUUGCUUUUACUUUGUUGUAUAUUUUCUUUUGUUCAGAAAUGACAGUAAAUUAUUCAGAUUGGAAAGCUGAGAGUACGUUGCUUGUUUUGGUUUAAUGCUUUAGUUACUAAUAGUGAUGCUGUUCCCAUUAUACUGUAUUUGUAUAUUGCUCUGUACAUACAAUGCAGAAAGUGUCUUUGCAGCCAAUAAUGCCUUGUAUAAAUUUACUGACGUGUAUUAAACACAUUUACAACUUC